AUGUCGAUUCAGGCGGGAAACUAUAGGAUUCAGAACGUCGGUACCGGGAACUAUGUGGAUCUGGCCGAUGGGUCUAGUGCCCAGGACACCAAGGUUCAGGGCUUUAUGGACCUCAAUAAUUUGAAUCAGCUCGUAAGACACAAUGAGCACAAAUAUUGGCAAUUUGAGAAGGUUGGCGACAACACAUGGAAGAUCUUGAACGCUGCGAGCGGCACAUACAUGCUUGCUCCGGUUCACGCCAUUAAUCAGGGUGUCGUCGGCGGCACGCCUCCGGACGUGUUCACGCUCAUCGACUCCGACGGGUCGUAUCAGAUCAAACUCGUCGGCGAGGCUCUUGUGCUCUACCUCGGCAGCAGUGUUAAUUUCACCCAGAUCAUCCUGCAAGCCGCUGACGGCGGUGACAACAACCAGUUCUGGUACCUGCACCCGGUCACAGCUUGA